AUAAGGACACGAGAAAACGUUUAGUUCUUGGCAAACGGUGCUCAUAAAUGGGGGAUAUUUAGUAUCUUUAAUUUUUUUUUUAUCAUGUAAAACAACCAUUCUAGUGAUUUACAGUCAGUGUUACUCAAUGGAAUUUCUCAAACAUUAUCGAAUUCGAGGAAUCAUAUCUGUCGAGGAAAACUCUGAAAUGGUUUGAAAGCAUGAAGGAAACGGAGCAAUAAUUUAUUAUUUAAAAAAGAUAAACAUUCUUUUCAUUAAAGAACUAUUCAUUAUGAAUUCUUCAACCAUGUUCAGUUUGUUACUUGUUAUAUUGCUCAAUGUGAAACAUGGAUUAUUGAUAUCACAGCAUCCAAAGUUGCUAGUAAUAUCAUAUGAUGCAUUUAGAUACGACUACUUUGACAGAAACUUAACGCCAUUUAUGAACAAAUUAAAACAUGAAGGCACAUACGUGGAUUACAUGAUGAACAUUUUUGUCACAAAAACAUUUCCCAAUCAUCAUACAAUGGCCACAGGAUUGUACGCAGAAACACACGGAGUUGUGGACAAUGAAUUUUAUGAUCCCGUUUCUGGAAACACAACAAAAUACUCAUACAAUCUGUAUCAUUAUAAUAAUAAAGUUCUUCCUAUUUGGACUGUCAAUCAAAAAGCAGGCGCACAAAGGCGAAGUGGCACAAUGAUGUGGCCAGGUGGUAUUUUUGAAUACGAAGGAGUCACUCCUACGUUUGCUCAGAAUUUCAAUGAAUCCAUACCAUGGGAAGAAAGAAUUGAUACUUUGAUAUCAUGGUUUAUCCAUCCUAUACAUCCAAUCAAUUUUGGAAUAUUGUAUAUUGAAGAGCCAGACUAUCACGGGCAUAUGAUUGGAAUAAAAGGAUCUGAAUUUGAUGAUAUUCUUAGGAAAUUAGAUAAUAUUACUAAAUAUCUUCACAAUAAGAUAGAGUACCACGGUUUACAUGAUCUCAAUAUUGUUCAUUUAAGUGAUCAUGGAAUGGCAACUGUUAAAUUAGACAGGAUAAUAGAUUUAACAAAAUAUAUUAAUAGUUCUGAUUACAAAUUUGUGGGUACCUCUCCAGGAUUACACAUUUUCCCCAAUCCUGGCAAAGAAGAAAUAAUUUAUCAAACAUUGAAAGAGGCAGCAUUGAAAACAAAAACAUUCAGAGUUUAUAAACGAGAAGAAAUUCCUAAGAAAUAUCACUAUGGAAAUAAUACGCGUAUUGGUCCUAUUUUUGUUAUUGCCGAAAUUGGAUAUGCAUUUCAAAACCUUCUUGAUACCAUAGAAUACUAUAAGAAGAAGUUUAACGUCACAGUGAAUAGUGAUUCAGAAUUCGGCCUUCACGGUUAUGAUAAUGAGGCAAUAGAGAUGCAUCCUUUCUUCUUUGCAAAUGGCCCUGCAUUUAUGCCUAAGUGCAAACUCGAACCUUUCAAUAAUUUAGAUUUAUUUCCGCUGUUUUGUAAAAUACUCGAUGUACAGUGUCCGGUAGGGAAUGGUACUAUAUCACACCUAACCAAGUGCCUUAAGAAACAUCAGCAGGAUAUCACAGUGAUUGCGUAUCGAAUGAUAUUUAUAGCCACUACAAUAUCUAUGACAUUGGUAGGAAUUAUAGGAGCAUUAGUAAUGUUCUAUAUGAGAAAACGACGUUUAGGAGCAAAGAGUUAUAGAAGAAUACUGGAAGAUUUGGAAGCACAGUACCAUUGGGAUGAGAAUCGCGAUAUUGAAAGUGAUGCUUGCAAAUUAAACAGUUUUCCAGAUUUAUUCGUAAUUUCAUGCUACGCGAAGAAUAAAUAUUCGUAUGCACAUAAAGGAAAUGUUAAGUAUAGGAAAACUCUUUUCCACUAUAGGUGACAUAUGCUUCAUCCGUUGCAUGGUUGCAUACAUAUAAAUGAGAAAAUACUUCUGUGAUAAAAGAAAUUGAUAUCUUUGCAUAACUCUAAAUAAUGUACAUAAAUUGCAAACAAUCACGAACUUUUUAUUCUUUUAAAUUUUACAACACUAUCUCUAAUGUAGUAACUAUAUAUAUUUAGCAUAAAAUAAACUACCACAAAAUUAUUAAAUGAUUUAUCUUUCUGCUUGUAUCAAUACCAAAAGUACAAGUAAAAUUCGGACAAAUGUUAUAGUGGUCUGUUCAAUUGUAUAAUUCAUCUAUUUAUUAUUUUAAAAGUGUAAUCGUUAUGUACAGUGUUAUUUUAGAAAAUAAAAUGUAACAUAAUUUAUUCUGUAAGCAGAAUAUUUUACAAAAUUAAAUUUAUAGACCGAAUGUACUUAUUACAAUAGUGCAUCAAUUGUAUAACAAGUCGUAUGUAAAUAAAUCAGUUGUAAAUAAAUAAUAUUACCUCAA